UUCAACGAAUUCCCCAUCAUGAGAAGAUGCAAGGACGACUGGGUCAACGCCACCCAGAUCCUCAAGUGCUGCAACUUCCCCAAGGCCAAAAGAACCAAAAUCUUGGAAAAGGGCGUGCAACAAGGAUUGCACGAGAAGAUCCAGGGUGGGUUUGGAAGAUUCCAGGGCACCUGGAUCCCGUUGCCCGAUGCCCAGAAACUCGCUGCAGAGUACGGUUUGGCACCAGAAGCGGCCCCGGUAUUGUAUCUUGAUGUUACUGACCCCAACUUACAUAUUCCCGAGAAGCUCAAGGCCUCAGCAAAGGAGCCCACUCCGGUAAAGAGAAAGUACACCAAGAAAAAUAAGAAUCAAUACAUUCAGAACCUGCAAAUGUUUCAAUUGCCCAACGGGAAGUAUGCUUCUCAACAUCAAUUACCUCCAACUUUCCAACAGUCGGAGUUCAUCGGCACAAACGGUAUGAAUGGUUCGAUGCAAAUGCCAAACGGUAGCAUCAAUCAAGUGCCCAACUUCACAGCUCAUAAUCAAAUGGUGCAGAACGAGUUCCAAAAUUACCAAAUGCAGUAUCGUCUUCAACAACAACAGCAACAACAACAGCUGCAGCAGUACCCCAUACAAUACGGUCAACCCAACGGUGUACAGCAACCUCAUUUGAUGGGAAACUUUCAGCAUACCAAGCAUACUCUGUCUCAAUCAACCAACGAAACGAAUUGGUCUCAAGACGAGAUUUCCAAUAAUCAUCAAACAAGGGAUAGUGACACUUCACUUUCAUCCAACGAGGAUCCAAAUUCAAAUAAACAAAUCCAUGGACACCGUAAAGAUAAAUUGGAUGUGAACAGAUCACCGGAGGGAGAUGACACAUACGCUGCUCAACUUUUGAAAUUUUUCAGUGAUGACAAUUCUGACAUACCAUAUUUUGUUCAUAAUCCACCAUAUGACUUCAACAUUAACGAACCAAUUGAUGAUGAAGGACAUACUCCAUUGCAUUGGGCUGCAUCCAUUGGUAAUUAUCAGAUGAUACAUUUGUUGCUUUCCAAAGGUGCAAGUCCAUUGGUGGUUAACAACUUUGGGUUGAAUCCCUUAUCCAAAUUAAUUUCCUUUAAUAAUUGUUAUGAGAUGAAAAACUUUCCAAAAGUUUUGGAUGAUUUGGAGUUAUGCUUGAUCAAUACUGAUAUCAACGGACGGACUCCAUUGCAUUACUUGUGUCAAUUUGCGAAGGUAAAGUCAAAGUACGAGAGUUUAAGAUAUUAUCUCAACGUGAUUUUAAACAAAUUGACUAGUCUUUCGAACCAAAAUUCUAAUAAGCAAAUAGAUUUGUUGAAGAAUGUUUUGGAUCAUCAGGACGUGAGUGGAGAUACAUGUUUGCAUUUAGCAGCAAAAGCCGGUUCUUCAAAGAUCGUGAGAACAUUAUUAAACUACGGGGCCAGAGACGAUCUCGAAAACAUUCAUAAAGAGACCUCCAAAUUGUUGAUCAUGCACUACAAUUUAUCAGCUGAUCAAUCCGAAUUACAAUCUACAGCACAAUAUCAGGUAUUGGCUACUCCUGUGCAACCUAACUAUGGCGGCAGGACUAUUGAAACACCAGAUACUCAAAGAACUACAAUUCAAGUAGAUGACAUGGAAGAAGAUGAUACUAAUGCCAGGGUGGUUAAGUCCCAAUUGGAAACUUACAUCAAAUCUGAAGACAACAAGGAAAACAUCUUUAUGGAGAACUCGAUGACAGGUAUUAAGAAUUUUGAAUCAGUAUCAACCCCUAUUCAGAAAUCUACCCCAUUGAAUGGUUCAGUUAUCUCUCACCAGACUCCACACGAGCAAUUGGCUCUGAUAACUGAAAGAACUGUGGAGAGUACUCCAAUCAGGGAGGAUAGAAAAUCACUCGAAAACUUCUCAGUACAACAUGCUUAUAAGCCCAAACCUCCAAAAUUGGAUGAAGUUGGACAAAUUGUUGAGGAUGAACUGGACGAUGAAGCUGAUAAGGUUUCAAAAUUGCCCAUGAUUGAUUUAUCCUCGAUGAUUACAGGGAUGAUAAAUUCCUUUUCCGACUCUUAUGAGCAAGAAAUGAAGAAAUUGGAAGCAGACUCUAAAAUUUUGACUCAGAAGUUGAAGGAGAAGGAGGAGAAGAACAACGAGUCAUUGGCUAGUUUCCAGAAGGUUUUGGGCAAAUCUGGUAUUGAAAACUUUGGAUCUAUCGAUGAGGGCAAGGAGUUAUUAGAGAAUGAAGUCAGCCACUGCAAACAACAGGCAAAUUCAAGAAGAGACCUUUUAUUGGCGCGUAUGCAAAAUAAUAACUCUAGCGAAGUCGUUGCCUUGGUGCAACAGGAAGAGGAGAAAAUAGAAGCUAUUGACAACGAUAGCGAUGAUGAUAUCAAUAUGGAAGAGAAAUUGAACCAUGCAGUAGAAUUAACCAAAUUACAGAUUGAAAGAAACAAUCUUUUGGAGCAGCUUGCUCAUGGUGUAACGAACUUUGGCAUUGAUAGCAAGAUGUACAAAUAUAGAAAAUUGAUUAGCUUGAGUUGUGGAUUGAAAGUCGAAGAUAUUGACAGUUUAAUAGAUGGGAUUGAGGCUUCGUUAAUGGAAACAGUU